AUGACUGUUAGUGCCCCGGUUAAAGAUAAUUAUGAUUCUGGAGUGGGCAAUAUUGAAAAAUGGACGGAAAGUAAAAGAAUGACAUUGAAUCUAGCUAAAACAUGGGAAAUGAUUGUAAGUGGCAAAUCAGCAAAUCCUCCACCAAUGGCAGGUAUUGAACGCAAGACAUGA